UUGUCCUUGUAUUUCUUCUAUAAAUAAUGGCAUAGAAUCAAGAGUUUUGAGAAGCCUACCUUACAACACAAUAGUACAAAGUACAACUACCAAAGACAUGAAGCUCACAACUGCUUUUUUUCUUCUCGUCUUUCUUUUUUCUUUUGUGAUCGAGCUCAGCUAUGCAAGAAAGGUACCAGAAGAGUACUGGAAGAGCAUAAUGAAAGAGCAGCCGAUACCGAAAGCGAUCGGCGAUCUAUUUAUUGAAGAAGAUUCAGGUGGUAAUAAUAGUAAUUAUGAAAUGGAUCAUUUUGCAAAGGAUUUUGAUACUAAGGCUAUUGCUGUAAUAUAUCAUAGCCAUGGAAAAUCUAAGGAAGAUGAAGAUAGUGAUGCAAAGAAACAAGAGAGAUCCUUUGUUGUUGUUGAGCCUGAGAUAGAGAUAUCUAAACAUUAGAGAUGAAAGAUAUGUAUAAAUAAGAAUUCAUCUGCAAAGGCUCAUAUUUCUAGAAUAAGUAUAAAGUAGUUUGCUUGUUUUAUGCU